AAGAAGGCGUAUUAUCUUUUGGCUAAAGUUUUAGAGGUCCCCCACCUUUUAUCAUAAUUCGGUAAUAUAUCAUUAAAUAGUAUGGUUAAUGUUAAGGACGACUGCCACUAUUUUAUCGAAUUUCACGAAUGUAUCCCUAAAUCGAUCCCUAUGCCUAACCUGAACUCUCAAUCGAUCUCUAUGCCUAACCGUUAGAACCUGAACCCUAAAUCGAUCCCUCAACCUAACCUAAAACCUAAUUCACUGCAACUAUAAUAAACACCCAAAAGACGCUGUGGCAGCCGUCCUCAACAUUAGCCCUAAUUAAUAAUAACCAUAAUAAUAGAUAGUUUGGUAAAAAAUUUAAACAUUUUGUAAAAAUAAACCAAAGGCACAGUUGAAUAGAGCUAAUUUUUUACAGAAUUAUAACACCAAAAUCAUAUUUUUAGCUGUUGUAGUUUUAAAGUUAUGAAUUUUUAAAGUACGACUUGGUUUGUCCUUUUUUAACAAGGACUGCAUCUCCACAUUCUGUGACCUCAUUCCGCUCAUAGCGUCAUGCGCAAUGACUAUAUACACUAUAUAGUUUAUUUAAGGCAACGCAUUCCCUUGUCACUAAAAUACUGUUUAGGGUCCACUUAUUUUAAACUUUCAACUUUGGCACAUGAAUAAUUAAUUAAAGCUUUCCCUGACCAAUGGUUUAAUAGCUUUUGCUUAUGGCAAACUCUUAUGAAUGAAACUCUGAGAUAGUACUACGAUAUAGCCGUUAUGCAAGUGGCUGUGAAUGGUUGCCAAUGACAAUGUGUUGCACAGGGAAAAUUCUGAUCAUUUAUAAUAUGGACUCUACAGGGUUUUUAAAGCUCAACUUAAAACAUUCCAAUUUAAAUGUCUUCAAAAUGCAUUCUGAAACACAAAAUAUAAAAUAUUUUGAUGUAUAUAGUGGUAAUAAUUAAAUAUUUCCUAAGUAUCGGCAACUUCCGCCAUUUAAAACGGGGCGUGGCCCACGCCAUGUCGAAAUUAGGCUGAGCCACCUUAUGGUGAUAUGGGUCACUGUGACAAGCGUAACAAAUGUGAGACACGACCUACAUCAAUGAAAAUUGGCACAGAUAUAGAUCAAUAUCUAAUGCUCAUACAGAUUUAAUCAAAAAGCACCUUAUCUUAUUAUUUCACAAAAAAUUUUGUAUGCGAAGAUGCCUUAUAUAUUCCAAAGAUUUUCAAAAUAAAGGUCGAUUGAAAAAAGCAAAAUAGCUGGCUAGAAAUGAUGUCUUCCAAAUUAUAAGGCCGGAAACGGAACUCAAAUAUAUGUCGAAAUAACUAAUUUAAUAAUAAAUAGACACACAUCGGAAAAUUAAAAAAUCUGAUUUUUUGGCGCCGACGCCCCAUUUCCGAUACACAAAAAGUAGUAGUCUCCCUUGUUUCAUCGAAGUAUCUAAUAAUAACAUACAAAAAUAGAUUGUGUAUCUUCUAAAAAAUAUGUAUUUAUUCAUACAAACUACACUAUGACUCAUUUGGCUGGUAGUCAUUGCAAUCUGUUAAUGAAUUCAUUAAAAAUCGAAAUCAAUCAUAAUCAAUGAAAUGAAAAACAAAAAUAUAUAUAGUAGGGAUAACAAUACUUGUCCACGCACCGUUCUGCGCAUGUCCUAAAAUGUCGAAAAAACGUGUUCUGCAAUACGGCGUACAGCUACACGAUAUCAUUGGAAAAUUGCAGACUACGUCACCUUUGUUUAUUAAAUAAUUGCUUUCCUCAUCACUGACGUAUCAGUUUUUGUGUUCCGGUCAUAUAUUGAUUUAUGCUACGAUAUUUUUUUUGCUUCACGGGCAGUAUUAUUAUAAUGACUCGGUUAGUAUAUAAAUCGCAUAAAUACUUUUUUACUAGUAAGGCCCCCAAAAUAAGGUUUAGUGCUCCCUAAUCUACAUUCAUUGUAAAAGUUUUUUCAUUUUUUGAUUUAUUAUCGUUGAGCUCUCGAUAAAAAGUUAUGCAACCCGCGAAGAAGUAAGGGGUAUGAAAUUAGCAUUAUUUUUUUAUUUUGAUCGAGAAGCCGGAAAUGGCUGCUAUCACUGUUAUUUGUUAAUGUUAAAUCCUUAAACAUGUAAAUAAUUAUAAGACGUUUAAAAUGAAUCAUUUUAAGAAAAGAUUAUAAGCAAACUUGAAAAGUUUAUGUAGUAACCAAGGGUUGGUUUUAAGUUUUAUUUAUUACGUUAAAAAUUGUGUACGGUACCGGUAUACAGUUUAUCGUUUUUUUCAUUUUUGAAUCAAUAUUUAAUAGUUUUACAAGAGUAAUAUCGAUAAUAAUAAUCAUUUUUCUCUUAUUAAUUAUUUCAGAGAAUAUUACUAAAAUUAGGCCUACUUAUCAUUAUCAGUUAUAAUUAUAAUUAUAAACAACUGUUAUUAUAAUCCUAUAAUUGUCUAUUUGGGCCUAAGCUUAAUUUUUCUUACUAAUUCAAUUACAAGCCUAUAAGUUCUAUAUAUAUAACAGCUUUAUUAAAAUACAUCAAAUUAAUAAACAAGAAUCAAACAACAUCAUCAUAGCAAUAAAUUUUAUUAGGACAUAGAAAAGCAGUACAUAGACAAUUAUUUAAUAUAUAAAAUACUUUUUUUUAAUGAAUUAGUCUCAUCAUUAUAUUAUCAUCAUGGAUGAUAUUUGAGUAAUUUUUAUCUAUAAUUACAUACUUUCAAUUUUAUAAAUAAAAAAGACUACUUAACUUUUUAUAAAUAUUAAUAAUUGAUUUAAAAUUAACACAAGCAUAAUAAAAUUAGUUAAAAUUCAAUAAAUAAUAAAAAUAUAGUGGGGUUUUUUUCUUCGUUUUUUCCUGUGUAAAUAAUGAUUUUCCCAAUUUUUCUGUUAAUUUUUUUCUGAACAUACCCACAAAUAAAUUUAUAAAAAAAUAAAAGUCUUAAUGUUAUAUAAAAGUUUUGUUGUUUAUUGUACUGUAUAUUGCAUUGAGAAUGUCUCCUGAAAAUUUGGUAGCAUUAUCUUUUAAAAUCAAAAAGUUUUGGGUCAAAUAAGGCAGAAAUUUUGAAAGUGGGUCACACGUUUUUUCAGUUAAAUACUAAGAUAAAGAAGGGGGUGUUUAAAAAUCACCAAAAAAAUCAUAACUCCACUUCUAUAAAAGAUAGAAAAAUGAAAUUUGGUGUUUUUGUAAAGCGUAUAGCUGGCCCUGUAAAAUGAUGUAUCAUUCAUGGCAAUUUGACAAUAUUUAAAUUUUGUGUCAAAGUACCUAUAUAUAGGUAUUUUAAAAGACGCAUGCGCAUCCCUUCUGCGCAGUCGAAAAAUCACGGAAAAACUUUUGUAGCCAUUUCAUAAUCGGCUCUGUGGUAUACUCGGAUUUUUGCGUUCUACGUCACAGUUUUCUAAUUAUACAUUUGUUCUGUUAUCGAUUACAUUAAAUAUUUGUCUUACGGUGACGCUCAUACAAUUUACCCAACAAGAAUAUAUAUUAUUUGAAUAAGUAUAUUUAAGAAUAAGGGCAUUGUGGCGACAUUGGUAUAUUCGGCUAAAACUGGGAUAGGAUGCCACGACGUUUAUUAAAGUUGCAGUGAUUUGGGUUCAGGUAAGGUUUAGGGCCCGUUUAGGGAUACUAGAUACUUCGGUAAACCAAGGGAGGCUACUACUUUUUGUGUAUCGGAAAUAGCAAUUGGCGCCGAAAAAUCUGAGUUUUUAAUUUUCCAAUGUGUGUGUCUAUUUAUUAUUAAAUGAGUCCUUUCGACAUAUAUUUGAGUUCUGUUUCCGACCUUAUAUUUAGGUAGAAACUUGGCCUAAAUUUAUAUUAAUUUGUUUUAAUUUUUCAAUCGACCUGUAUUUUGAGAUUCCCCUUUAAAUAUAAGGCAUCUUUCACUAUAAAAUUCUUAUAGAAGUUCAACUUUUAUGUCUUUUAAAAAAGUCUUAUUCUAUAUUAGCUAUCGAUGUGCAUUUGCGUCAAUUCUCAGUGAGUUAGGACAUGUCGGUCACUUGUUAUGCUCACUUGAGUAAACCCCAAAGGGUUACAUUACCAGGGGUUUACUCUAACUCAAAUGAGCAUAGCAUUUUGUGCUGGCGGCAUGGACGAUGGCCUGUCAUGAGCCAAGGCGCUUUCAUUUGUUUAAGUUUGUGCCCGGUGUUCGAUGUGUGACGGUGUAAAACUGGUUUCAGGCCCUUUACAGGCACGCCUACGCAUUCCUUGGUAAUGUGCUUGCUCAUGAGUUCCCAACACCCAAGGAACUGUUUUCAGGAGGGACAUUUGUAGCACUGUACAUGUCCUGUUCAAUUCUAGCUGUAAAUCCUGAAGCAAGACAAAGGCUCCCAGAAAAUGUAUGUCUUGAGGACUUUAAACAAGUCAAAGGCUUAGUGCAACAGAUAGUCAUGGAUAACCGGCUCAUCCUAAGACAAGUGAUCCGUGGAUUAUUUCCAUUUGAUGGAUGCUGAUUAAGUUGUUUGUGCUUUGACCGACUGGCAACAAGAGAUUCUCGAUCAGUUUACAUGACACUGCUAAUUUUGUAUGUUCAUUGGAUGCAAAUCCAUUUUUGAAAAAAUUUAUAUUUUUGGAUAUAUUUAUUUUAGCCUUCAUUGGCCCAUUGUUUUUAUAGUUAACUUUUCAAGAAUUUUGUUUGUGAUUUUAAAAAUAACAAAACUACUAUGGUACUGAAAUGAAAUUUACAAACAAUAUAAAUCUGACAUAACUGAGAGCUUGAGUUGAAAAGAUAUCCCAAACGUCAUUUGAAGAAGCCGAGCAAGGGGCUGGAUGGCCGAGCGGUCUAAACUGACUCCAUCCCGGUAGCUGGUGGUCUGGAGUUCAAUCCCCACCAGCCCACCAAAGCCAACAUUCCAAGCACCCCGGGUGGAUGGGACUCGGCAGCCUUGGAAGGCAACUCAUCUAAGAGAAGGCAAACUCUGAAUUCAAACCAGGAGCCAAAAAUGAUCAAUAUAUUGAUCGUGGGCCCUCAAAUAUGAAAAGAAAAAAAAAGUGACCGACAUGUCCUGACUCAAUGAGAAUCGAUACAAAUACACAUCGAUAGAUAAUACAGAAUAAGACUUUUUUUUUAAAGACAUAAAAGUUGAACUUCUAUACGAAUUUUAUAGUGAAAGAUGCCUUAUAUUUAAAGGGGAAUCUCAAAAUACAAGUCGAUUGAAAAAUUAAAACAAAUCAAUGUAAAUGUAGGCCAAGAUGUCUACCUAAUUAUAAGGCCGGAAACGGUACUCAAAUAUAUGUCGGAAGUACUCAUUUAAUAAUAAAUACACACACACAUCGGAAAAUCUGAUUUUUCGGCGCCGAUUUCUAUUUCCGAUACACAAAAAGUAGUAGUCUCCCUUCUUCAUCGAAGUAUCUAGUUUUAGGCUAAAUAAUUUAGGGUUCAGGUUAGGUUUAGGGAUACAUUUAGGGUUCAGGUUAGGUUUAGGGAUACAUUUACUUAGAUUUAGUGACAGAAUUAACUGGUCUUGUCAACCUAGAUGGCGGCCAUUGGAAAAAAAAUAGGCUAAUUUAGAGAGAUAGUAACCUGACGUCAUUUGUGUGUCUUGUCCCUAGUUCUGAUAGGGUCAAAACUCUGGUUCCGAUAGGGUCAAAACCCUGGUUCCGAUAGGGUCAAAACCCAUGUUAGGGAUAAGUUUAUGGUUUAGGUUAGGUUUAGGGAUACAUUUAGGACAUAAAUUCGCGGGUCACCGCAACCAAGAUGGUGGCCGAGGUACUAUCUCUCCAAAUUUACAGGAAAAAAAAAUGGCAUCUCUUCUGUGAAUUUACCAUAUAUACAUAUGUAUAUUAUUAUAUAUAGGUACCAUGAUACUCACUCGCUUACAUGAUCUGCACUUGUCGAAAAAGGAUGCAAAAACUUUAGUGGCCAUUUUAUAAUCUUUUCUACAGUGAACUUGGAUUUCUGCUUUUUACGCCACAGUUUUUUAAUUAUAAAUUAAUUUUGUAAUUGAUAAUGUAAAAUAUUUGCCUUACAUUGAAGCGCAUUCAACUUUCCCAAAGAUGUGAACCCCCCUUUUUUGCUAUGUCAUUUUGACUGCUCGGUAAGCUGUAAAUAUCUAAUUAUUAAUUUUUUAGCAGUUGCACCACAAUUGGAACCUGAAGAAUGCUGCUAAGCAUCUAAAUUGGAUGAGGAAUAACUUUGAAAUUUAAUUAAAUAUAUAAACAAAAUUUAAUUUAAGCUCACGUCCACCUACUGUUUCUAGACCUACAACUACAAUUAGCUAUAAUUAUAUUUUUAGGCCUACCUAAGAAAGGAAUUCUCUAGUUACCGGUACUAAGUCUAAGAAGUUAACUAAGCUUAAUAAACUAAUACUAUUCUAUUACUACAACUGCACGUAUAGGUCUAAUUUAAAUUAAUAUUUUUAAAUUUAAUAAGGUAUUUAAUUAUAAAUUUUAAUUAAUUGUUAAUGUAUUUUGUAAUUUCUAAUAAUAAUAAAUUUAAAUGAUAAAAUAAAAUGAAAAUGAAAUAAGUUUUAAUAAAUACAAAACUUGAGACAAUAUUGAAAAGAAAUAACAAAUUGUGCAGAUUCAGGAUUUUGAUUUAAUAUAAUUAGAUGCUAUUUAUAAGCUUAUUUCAGAUACAAGAGAAAAUUUUAUUUUUUUAUUGAAUAACAUGAGGCACGUUUGGACAUAGAUGGCAAAGACAAAGUUUAUGAAGGAGAGAUUGUGGAUUCAUCAACGAGGCCAAGAAGUCUAAAGAGCAGUCUACAUAGAAAAUGACAGGCAGAACAUCCCCAUUACCUUUUAAAAUUUAAUCAAAUUCCGUUAAUGGUAUGAGAGUAUUAGUCCUAUGGGUGCUUUUAGUAGUUUUUAUUUAUAAGUUCAUGGAUUCAGUUUCAUUUAAAAAAAGAUUUCUACUUAUCUUUAUAAAUAUUAGUAUUGGUUUAAAAUUUAACUGAAGCAUUUUUAAUUGAAACGUAAUAAACACAUGAUUUUUUGCGUCUAAAAGUAAUAAUUUUUUAACUACCCUCAAAUAAAAUUAUCAAAAAUAAAAAGUCUUCAUGUUAUGUGUAAGUUUUGUUGCUCAUUUAUUUGUAUACUGCAUUGAGAAUGUCUCCUGAAAAUUUGGUUAAAUAAAUAAGUUGGGGGCAAAAUAAGGCAGAAAGUUGGAAAUUUGGUAACGUUUUUGCAGUUCAAUACAAAGAAAAAUAAGAAACUUUAAAAUUCACCAAAAAAUAUCGUAACUUCAUUAAGAAAGCCCGAAAGAAGCUAAUAAGAUAAAAUUGAUGUUUUUAUAAAGCUUAUAGCUAGUCCUUUAAAAUAAUUUAUCUUUAUUACAAUUGGACAAUAUUUAAAUUUUAUGUCAAAGUACCAGUUGAUGUCAGUUUUUUCUCAAAAUUGUUAUUUUUGUCUUGAAAAUGUGGUGAGGGGUCUGUUAAGGAGUCUAGAACCCUUCCCAAAUUAUUUUGAAAUGUAAAGGGAAAUGAUGAUAUGAUUGAAAUGAAUGGCACACAGGUUUUGUUUGCUUCAACCCAUCAAAUAACAGCACUUUUAGCCAGGCAUGCAACUUUCACUGGGGGUCAUUUUGUCUUAUCAUUAAUGAUGAAUUUCUUUUGUUAUUUUGAAACUUGUAAGUUGAAUUUUAAUCAAAAAAUUAAUUUCAGAUUUAGUUUAUUACAUCAAUAAAGCCCCAUGAAGAAGGGGCAACUUAUGAUAUACAUCGUUUAGGUCAACUCAAGGGGUCUAGUCACCCUAAGUCCAGUCUUGCGAUUCUCCAAAGUAUGGUCAAUGUUUAGGGAGAGACACCUCUUGACAAAACUAAUACCGCUCACACAAUCUUGACAGAAAACUGAACAGGGAAUUUAAGAAAUAAAAUUAUGCCUAAUUUAAUAAAUAACAUUGAACAUACUAACUUAGCUUAAAUAAGCUUGACUUUGUGGCAAUCCAUAGUUAAUGUUGUCACGCUAUUUUAGCCAUUCACUUCUCCUCCUUUUGUUACAAAUCAUGAAAGAAAAAAGGAAAAUAUGAUGCCUUUGUCUAGGCACUUUCUUUUUAAACAAAUUAAGAUUUUGUAUAUAUUAAUUAAUAAAACAUAUCUCCAAUCAAGAGCUUAUAAUUUGCUCUCUAUUGAUAUCAUUACAUUUCUUUGUUAAAUAAGAAAAAAAGGUUAUUGCAUUUUUAGUGUCAGAAUUUUCCUUGUAUAUAUGUCCUUAUAUAUAUAUUUCGUUUUAUGUCCUAAAAUCAGUGACUGAUAAUCACAAAAUGAUACUUUUCAAAUUUAAUAAAACAUAAAUAUUCACUUGCCUUUGUAUUGAAAUAAUUAAAUAUAUGUAGUCAAUGAAAUAAAACCACAUUAGCAGCAUAUUCUACAAGAUAUUACAAUAAUUAUGUUCCAAAAGUUUUGUCUUCUCAAAGAAUAGUUGCAAUCACAGGCUCAAUGAUCGAAAAUAUCCACUACAUAUUAUAAUAUUAUAAGUUUGCCUGAAUCCAAAAUUAUGAAAUGUCACCCAACAGUGCAUACAUGCAGAUUGAACUUCCAAAAUAUAUAUUUCUAUUUAUUCUUAAAGAGUUGAGAGGUUCGAAAUCCUGAUUAAAGAUGGCGAGGAAUAGUUCGUGGUGCCACAGUGUGGCCAAGGGCCUACUUAUGUUCACAGGUCUCUGUUAUUUGGUAUGUUGACUGGAUUGCUUUUUCAAUUUCUUAAUCACGUCAAGGGUUUUUGGAAUGAAUACAUAAGGUUAUUGUACAAUGUUUAUAAAAAUGUUCCAUUGCUAAUCAUAGUUAAUGAUAAUGCAAAGCUAAAUGGACAGCUCUUAAAAAAUGAAAUAAGGCUUUAAAACUUUAGAUUAAUGUUAGUUAUAGAUAUUUCUUUUUCAAUUAACCUCAAGCAGAGAAGAGCAGCAUUAAGAUAAUCUCAAGCAGAGAAGAGAGCAUUAAGAUAAUUAUUUUGUGUUUUUUAAAAACAUGUUUUCUUUUCAAAACUAGAAUAAAAAUGUUUAAAUUGGCUUAUCAAAUUAGAAUAACAAUGUUUAAAUUGGCUUAUAAAAACUAGAAUAACAAUGUUUAAAUUGGCUUAUCAAAACUAGAAUAACAAUGUUUAAAUUGGCUUAUCAAAACUAGAAUAACAAUGUUUAAAUUGGCUUAUCAAAACUAUAUAACAAUGUUUAAAUUGGCUUAUCAAAAUUAGAAUAAAAUGUUUAAAUUGGCUUAUCAAAACUAGACUUACAAUGUUUAAAUUGGCUUAUCAAAACUAGAAUAACAAUGUUUAAAUUGGAUUAUCAAAAUUAGAAUAACAAUUUAUUUGCAGGUAUCAGCUGGUGGACUGACCUACAUUGGAAUAUGGGUUUUCAGCACCUAUGACCACUUUGAUGAAAUAGCUGAUGCUUCACUGACACUCCUUCCAGCCAGUAUUAUUCUUGCUGUCAGCGUGUUCAUGUGCAUCGUUGGGAUACUGGCUUGCAUAGCUGCAUUCAAGAAUAACAAGAUAUUACUUUCAGUGGUAUGUCUGAACUUUGUCUCUACGCUAGAAGAAUUCUGUCAGUGGUAUGUCUGAACUUUGUCUCUAUAUGCUAGAAGACUUCUUUCAGUGGUAUGUCUGAACUUUGUCUCUCUAUGCUAGAUGAAUUAUUUCGGUGGUGUGUCUGAACCUUGUCUCUCUAUUCUAGAAGACAUCUUUCAGUGGUAUGUCUGAGCUUUGUAUCUCUAUUCUAGAAGACUUCUUUCAGUGGUAUGUCUGAGCUUUGUAUCUCUAUUCUAGAAGACUUCUUUCAGUGGUAUGUCUGAGGUUUGUCUCUCUAUUGUAGAAGACUUUUUGGAAAAAAAAUGUCUUAAAAAUUUAAUUAAUGAAUAUUUAUUGAAAAUAAUUUAUUAAAAUAAAAUAGAAAAUUCCAAUGAUACUCCCAAAGAUCAGCUUUAGAUAGAGGAUCAUAAACUGUAAGUGAUAUAAGUUAUAUAUAUUGAGAAUAUUUUUUCUAUUCCAUGUUUUUCCUUCAAUAUCAACUAUGUUGUGUCCCCAGUUUUUCUGCUUGAUUCUAACAGUAUUUGUUGGGGAAAUUCUGGCUGCUAUUCUGGGUUAUGUCUACAGAAAAAAGGUAAGUUUCUUAUUGUGAGUCAAUGACUAUUGGUUCUUUUCAUCAUUCGUAGAUUGCUAAAUUAUCUUCUAAGAGACUAGACUGUUAGCUAAAUAUUAACUUUAUUAUUAUGCAAAAUAUAAAUAAUUUGUUAAAAAAUAUGUUUAUAGAAUAACCGGUUCUAUUAAAAUUAAAUUAAAGAUGAUUUUAAUGUGAGAUUGUGCAUUUAGUGUGGCUUUGAUGUUAGCUCAUGUACUGGGGGUGGUUUUGAUGUGAGCUUGUGCAUUUAGUGUAGUUUUCAUUUAUAAAAUAGAUUAUAAUCUUUCUGGUAAUUCAAUGUUUUUAUUUAAUGUUUGUUCCCUGAUAGGUUGAAGGUAUUCUGGAAGAUAACCUGUUGGAUGCAGUUAACAAUUACAAUGUAACAGUGUACAGAGAGCAGAUUGACUACAUGCAGAAAGAGGUAUUAUUUGCAAGGAUUUCUUUUGUUGAGAAUUUUUACUUAAGCAAUAAGCCAUUGAAAUGGUAUAAAGGGUAGUUCAUUCCCACAGAGAAGCAGUUCCCAAAUGGUCCUGGUUAGCGGUCUCCAACUGAACAUGCACGCCAAGUGACACAAUUUGUAUGUAUUUAGCACAUGAAUUGGAACUUUUCUAUUGGCACAUCACAUGCAAUUUUUCACUUGGUUUUCAUUGGUGGUUUAGUUUUAAGUGGCAUGGUCAAGCCGAUUUAUACAUGUUAUGAGUAAUAUUGAUAUAUGUACAAGACAUGAGUAAUAUUGAUAUAUGUAGAUGUUAUGAGUAAAAUUGAUGGGUCCAUUCAAAGUGAAUUUUUAUCAUUUUAGCUGAGGUUUAAUGUCAAAUUACUUGGAGAACAUUAGUGUAAGUUCUACAUUACUAUUGUGUCAACCGACAAAAACAAUUUUUAAAAGGCCUAUGCUUUAUUAUAUUGUUACCACUAGGUUUGUUAUGGCAUCAUAAUUUACAUAGAUUUUCACAAACUUAAGUGAGUUUGACCUUUUCUAAGAACAUCUCAUGAAACUCAAUGUGUUUUAGGUGGUUUGUCAAAACAUCUGAUGAAACUCAAUGUGUUUUAGGUGGUUUGUCAAAACAUCUAAUGAAACUCAAUGUGUUUUAGGUGGUUUGCCAAAACAUCUCAUGAAACUCAAUGUGUUUUAGGUGGUUUGCCAAAACAUCUGAUGAAACUCAAUGUGUUUUAGGUGGUUUGUCAAAACAUCUAAUGAAACUCAAUGUGUUUUAGGUGGUUUGCCAAAACAUCUGAUGAAACUCAAUGUGUUUUAGGUGGUUUGCCAAAACAUCUCAUGAAACUCAAUGUGUUUUAGGUGGUUUGCCAAAACAUCUCAUCAAACUCAAUGUGUUUUAGGUGGUUUGUCAAAACAUCUAAUGAAACUCAAUGUGUUUUAGGUGGUUUGUCAAAACAUCUGAUGAAACUCAAUGUGUUUUAGGUGGUUUGCCAAAACAUCUGAUGAAACUCAAUGUGAUUUAGGUGGUUUGCCAAAGCAUCUGAUGAAACUCAAUGUGUUUUAGGUGGUUUACAAUAGAGUUACUGGUGGGCUUUUUUAAAACUCUAAUGAACUGAAAUAACAUAGGACAUCUCUCUACAGUAGAACAUUUGCUGUCCUUGACCUACAGCAAUACAGACUGUGUUAGAUCAUACUUUUUUUUUUUUUGCUGGCUUCCAUCUGUCACAAUGUGACGAUGGUGUGGACUUUGCAGGAUGAAAAUCAAAAAGGCCUGGGAUUAUUCUUCUAGGAUUUUAAGCUGGAUCCCAACAGCAAAUCGCCUCUCACUCGGCCACUCAGUACCUAACAUACUUUAUGUUAUUUAUUAAAUAUGAGAGGGCUUAGUCCAAGGUACUGGUGAUAGAGUUGUGUCCUGUACUUGGGAUAGAGCUGUGUCCUAUAUUUGGGAUAGAGUUGUUCCCUGUACAUGGGAUAGAGUUGUGUACUGUAUUGGGGAUAGAGACCUAUUUACUUUUACGAAUUUGGCGUACAAUGUAUAAUUUUGAGGUGUCUUUCACUAUUGUAUGCCAAGACCUGUCACAACUACAAUUUUAAGGAACCUGGUUGAAAAUAUAUAUAUUCCUGUAGUUUUUUUGUUAAAAAAUAAUUAAAAACUACAUUUUCGGUUGUUAGUUUUAACCUACUCUCUACACCCAGCAGUGAAUAGAUCAAGAAAUAUGAUAGGUUGGGGAUUAAAUGUUACGUUUGCACUGAGAGGGGAAAGUGGUGGUGUUGAUUUGUGUUCGGGUGUGCCAGGGAGUGGGGGUCUCAAUAUUUUAGUAUAUAAACUUAACACUGCCACAUUUUCGUAAUAAUAGUGGUGAUGGUAAUAUUGUUGCUUUGGGUAUUUUCAUAACUCGCUAGAGACGGCAACUUUAAAUUAGCAUAGUCAUCUUCGUGACAAUUUUAGUCAAUCCUCGCUUUUGCUUUCUUCGUCGUAUGAUGUAAUUUUGUGACAAAUAUUUUGAUCAGUGACAUGCGGCGAGUAGGAUUUAUAAUAUCCUCAUAUGUUUCCAACACUCCUCCCCAAUUCACAGUUUGUGGUAGUUAUCAGACUAUAAUAUAUUAGGGGAAAUAGGCUUAAUUUACACUGAGUCUUUUUUUUGUUUGAAAGAUGUCAUAAUUUUUUGAAUAAAUUCUUAUUUAAAAAAUACAUUGUGUUAAAUGCUGACCUGACUACAAGUUUGAACCACGCUAAAUUUCAUUUUAUUUUUACCAGUGGCAGACUGUGAUAAUGUAUUCUGUACGUCCACUCAAUAUAAAUUAAUAUCUGUAGCAAAUACACAUCUGCAAAACAAAGUGACAGCAGAUAGCAACAUAAACAUAGGUCUUCUUUUAGAAGUGAACUUUUUUAGCGCCAGCUUUACUCGAUCCCACUGAUCCCACUGGGCGCUGUGAUGCAAGUAGUUCUUGUAUUUAUUAUUUAUACUGUAUGUUUAUUUAUUUACUAUUAAGAUACUGUGUUGUACGAUUUGAGAUGAUAUUGUAUAAUUUUAGGAGUUCAAGGGUAAACAGGUCUGAGUUGAGCAAUGGACUUGAGGAUACCUUUAUCCUGUUUUUGGGAUAGAGUAGAGCAAUGGAUGAGGCUAGAUAUUUAAGCAAUGGAUGGGUAGAUAAGAGCAGAGGAUGGGUGUUGGAAUUUAUCAAUCAAUUAAGUAUAGAGUGUUUGUUAAAGUCUGUUUGUUGACCUGAUUUCGCUUCAAGUAGCGCUGUGGCAUCCACCACUUGUCUUUCCCUGUCUCCCCUCCUGUUAGUUUUUAAGAUAUUGAUGUCACUGUUUAAAUGUGUAGUGCUCUACCAUUACCCACCAUUUCCCUUGAAUGGGAAAGGUUUUUUUAUGUUCUUAUUUGUUCUAAAGAAUGCUAUCGGGUGAUGGAAUUUCUAGAAUUUCUUUGUUCGAGAAAUGCUCAGCUCUCUCCCUAUAAAUAAGCCAGCAUCUUUACCAUUGCAGAUCAGACACAAAUUUGUGAGCUUGAUCCAAGUAACCAGACAUACGCGUGUAGAUUUUAAGCGUGAUGAGUAUGAGAGCUAUUGAAACUAAUGCAUAACUCCAGAUGUGAAGAGAUAUUAUUAAACACUUAUGUGGUUAGAGUUUUAAGGUGACAUGAACUUUUAAAGCAUUUGGUUAGAUCAUGUGAUAAUAAAAGCUUUUUCCACUAACACAGCAUCGGUAAGCCCUAGAUCAAUGUUCCCUCUAAGGUUUGUUGGUUCGUGUGCAAAAUCAUAAAGUUGUGUCCAAAUUUUACAGCAUCAAAUUUUUUGUGUGCAAAAUUUUACAACCUACUGACAAAAACACACACUUAAGUGGAAAUUAGCUGCGCAGUACUUAAAACUGCUGCGCGGUACUUAAAACUGCUGCGCGGCGUCUUUGAGAUUGCUGUGCGGCCUUGCAGCCGCGCAGCUUAAAGGGAACAUUGCCCUAGAUCUUUAAUAAAAUGUUUAAAACCCAUUUUAAAAAAAAAAUUGACUGAAUCGUUUAGAGAGCAGCCAAAAUUAUAUACCGGCAGAUGACUCACCAGUGGCCCAAGGAUUAGGUGGAUUGAUUAUUUGGAGACAGAUUUACACCAGUUGGGGGGUUUGAGCAUGGAGACAGAAAGCCAUGGAUCGCUCCGAGUGGAAGGAUGUGGUGAAGCAGGCCAGGGCCCUACAUGGGCUGUAGUGCCACUGAUGAUGAUGAUGAAUCGUUUAGAUAGUUACAGCGACAAUAUUAGUAAUGUUUAGAGUUUGUGGAAUUUUGGGAGAUUUUUUUACACAGUUUUGUUUGAAUAAUAAACAACUAUUUUCAGUUUGAAUGCUGUGGAGUACGCAAUUCUUCAGACUGGAUGGAUUCUACUUACUGGAAAGUAAACCACACCAACACUGUUCCCAGGUCAUGUUGUAAACCCAUCAAACAUAUCAAUGAAACCUGUGACCCUUCACUGGGCUCUGACACCAUUUUCAAUCAGGCAAGUCCUAGUAUUAUCAUUUUUUUCUUGUAUCUUUAACCUGAAGUCAUAAAGUUGAUGGCCUUUGUGUCUACCAGAGUGUUUAUUUCUUGUAUCUUAAACCUGAAGUCAUAAAAUUAAUGGCCAUUUUGUCUACGAGAGUGUUGAUUUCUUGUAUCUUAAACCUGAAGUCAUAAAGUUGAUGGCCAUUUUGUCUACGAGAGUGUUGAUUUCUUGUAUCUUAAACCUGAAGUCAUAAAAUUGAUGGCCAUUUUGUCUACGAGAGUGUUGAUUUCUUGUAUCUUAAACCUGAAGUCAUAAAGUUGAUGGCCAUUUUGUCUACGAGAGUGUUGAUUUCUUGUAUCUUAAACCUGAAGUCAUAAAAUUGAUGGCCAUUUUGUCUACGAGAGUGUUGAUUUCUUGUAUCUUAAACCUGAAGUCAUAAAGUUGAUGGCCAUUUUGUCUACCAGAGGUUUGAUUUCUUGCAAACAUUUUUAUAUUAAAAUAUGAGUCAAGAUAUUAGUCCACAAUAUCUUUGUUGUCCUUUUUUUUGUGUGACAUUUGUCUUAGAAUCAUUAACACACUGUUUUUGUUGGGUUAUUGUGACAGUUGUCUUAGAAUCAUUAACACACAGUUUUUGUUGGUUUGUGUGACAGUUCAGUGACAGUUGUCUUAGAAUCAUUAACACACAGUUUUUGUUGGGUUUGUGUGACAGUUCAGUGACAGUUGUCUUAGAAUCAUUAACACACAGUUUUUGUUGGGUUUUUGUGACAGUUCAGUGACAGUUGUCUUAGAAUCAUUAACACACAGUUUUUUUUGGUUUGUGUGACAGUUCAGUGACAGUUGUCUUAGAAUCAUUAACACAAUGUUUUUAUUGGGUUUGUGUGACAGUUCAGUGACAGUUGUCUUGGAAUCAUUAACACACUGUUUUUGUUGGGUUCGUGUGACAGUUCAGUGACAGUUGUCUUAGAAUCAUUAACACACUGUUUUUGUUGGUUUGUGUGACAGUUCAGUAACAGUUGUCUUGGAAUCAUUAACACACUGUUUUUGUUGGGUUUUUGUGACAGUUCAGUGAAAGUUGUCUUAGAAUCAUUAACACACAGUUUUUGUUGGGUUUUUGUGACAGUUCAGUGACAGUUGUCUUAGAAUCAUUAACACACUGUUUUUGUUGGGUUUGUGUGACAGUUAAGUGACAGUUGUCUUAGAAUCAUUAACACACAGUUUUUUUUGGGUUUGUGUGACAGUUCAGUGACAGUUGUCUUAGAAUCAUUAACACAUGUGUGACAGUGCAGUGACAUUUGUCUUAGAAUCAUUAACACACAGUUUUUGUUGUGUUUGUGUGACAGUUCAGUGACAGUUGUCUUAGAAUCAUUAACACACAGUUUUUGUUGUGGUUGUGUGACAGUUCAGUGACAGUUGUCUUAGAAUCAUUAACAAACAGUUUUUGUUGGUUUUGUGUGACAGUUGUGUUAAAUCAUUAACACACAGUUUUUGUUGGGUUUGGUUUUCAUUCUUGAAAAUUUAAAAAAAUGUUAAUAAAUAUGUGUAUACUUUAAUUGGUUGAUUUGUUUGAGGUGUCUUAAAUGUCAUUUCAGUUUAGUACUUUUUCAUUCUUUUGAUAUUCUUCAACAAAAUGUCAUGCUUACAAAGUUGGGAACUUUCUCUUUUUACUUGGAAAAAGUUGGGAAUGUCAUUUUGAAAGAAAAUAUUGGUAGCCCUGCACUAUAUUCAUAAUAAAAGCAAUUGUAAGCAAAUAAUAAUUGGUUAUUGAACUAUAAUUCUUUAAUAAAAAAUAUGGAUAUUUGCAAAAGUAAAAGAAUUUGCCUGCUUGGAAUUCCAAGUGUACUAUUCUGAGACAUUAUUGUACUGUAAUGAGACUGUAUUGUACUAUUUUUGUAGUAACAGUGUAACCAGGUGUGUAGUCUGUAGUAGAGUUUUGACAGAUGGUCAGUUUAAAAGUUUUGAAAGAUGGUCAGUUUAACCCUCAAACAGUGGCAUGCAUCAUUCUGUGGUGUGGAGCUUUUCAGAGCUUUUUUAGUGCCUUUUGAAAUUGCAUUAAAUGACACAGAAAAAUUGAUGCAAGACCCCAAUAAUUAUACACUUUUAGAAAGGUAAAUGGGUAAAGAUAAAGUUGGCCAUAUUGCCCACCCCGUAAAAAUUUUUUUGCUCAAUGUCCUUGACCUUGGAGUUCUCAAGAAAAUAAAAAUUUAAAAAUGUCUUGCUUUCAAGUGCUCAUAACAGCAUUAAUUUUUAUAGAUACACUUAAAACACAAUUCUAAAUGUUGUAGCCAAUUCAUUUAUCUAUCAGAAAAUGUAUAGUUUGCUAAGGUUUUGACUGCAAUUAAACCUCUGAAGGCAAUUUUAGUAAUUUUAGGUUAUUUAUAUAAGAAACUGGACCCCUGUUAAAACUAAGUACAAAAUACAAAAUAUCAGGCAAAAUAGUUAUUAUUGACUAGUAAACAUUUAAAAAGGAACUGUGGAACUGAUUUGGGUUGUUAAACUAUACACUUUAUUAGCUCUGAUCUAUAAUCUGUAGCUUCUGUGGCUAAAAUUCAGUCAGUCCUUGCCCAACCGCCGGGCCUGGCUCGAAGUCCAAACAGUAGCCUCAGUAGGCCUACUUCAGUAUCACUAAGACUAGUAUCAGAUUCACGAAAAGAAGAAUCUGAAGUGAUACGUCAUGGGGAAUGUUAAAAUCAUCAUCAGUAUCACUUAAAUCCUCUCUUAAAAAGUUUAAGAAAUAGAAAUCGAAGCUACUUCAUACAAAACAGCAAUGUAGAUAAAUGACAUUCUUUCAAACAAAUGUGCAAACUGAGAAUGCGUUAAUAAAAAAAUACACACCUGAAUGCUGUGAAAAAUUUUGUUGCUUUAACAAUUUUGUGACAGAAAACCAUCAAAUAAAUUUCUUAUUGUUGAUACAAAUCUUUUCAACCAAAGACGGUAGAAUCUCAAAUUUUAGCUGAAUCCUUUUAAAGACGAAAUUUUCCAUCAGGUUAAUUUGUGAUGCUCAUUAAUGACACCGUUGCGGGAAAUGUCUUGGACAUUUAAAAACAAUAAAUGAGAAUAUUUGCGGAAGAACUCAAGCAUCUAGGGUUAAGGUUAGGGUUAUUGUUAGGGUUAUUGUUAGGGUCAGGGACACUCAUAUUCUUUGAUCUGGUCUUUUGUAUGGAUAAAUUAGAUGUUUAAACCAAUAAUUAUUCUAAAAUCUGUAUAGUUUGAAUGUUAUUCUGUCUUUUAUCAACCUUGUGGUUUAUUUUAUUAAAUGAAGUAUUUAUAUUUAGAAGUUUAUUUAUCAUAACUUUAGCCCUAACACAAAAAUCAUACUAACUCUAAUAGAUUGCAUAUUUGACAUUCAACAGGGCUGUUUAAGUGAACUGAAUGAGGAGUUUCAAACAAAUCUCAUCUACAUAGCAUCAUCCGUUGUAUUUCUUGCCGUAAUACAGGUACGUCAUAAGCGUCAUAAUGUCAGUUUCAGUAAAGUGUCAAUUUGUAGAAACAAAUUGGGACUGGGGGGCCUACUUGCCAAGUGAUAUGGUUUACUCAUAUUUUUAAGAUUUUUUAAAAACAUUUUCUGAUUUGUUGUAUGGUCAUACAGUUGGUUUUUUUUGCUGUUUUUCAAUGGAUUUAGAAUUUUUCAUUUUCACAUGUUCAAAAAUUGGGAUGCAAUAUUUUCAAUUUUUAUUUUAGCUCAAGGCCAAGUUUACAAGUUAGACACUUUAUUUAGCUCCAUGGCCAAGUUUAGCAUUUUGUUUAUGUAGCUCCAUGGCCAAGUUUAGCAUUUAACUUAUUUAGCUCCAUGGCCAAAUUUAACAUUUCAUUUAGCUCCAUGGCCAAGUUUAACAUUUUAUUUAGGGCUAUGGCCAAGUUUAGCAUUUAACUUAUUUAGCUCCAUGGCCAAAUUUAACAUUCCAUUUAGCUCCAUGGCCAAGUUUAUAAUUUUUUUUCUAGCUCUAUGGCUUCCUUCCUUGUUUAUAAUAAACAAUAUAUAUUUAAAAAACAACUGUUUCUUUCAAAGUUCUAUUUGUCCCAAAAAAUAUGCUGGGUCAUGUUUGAGUGACAAUGCUUUAUUGUACUGUGUAUUAUGACAAACAAUGCUUUAUUGUACUGUGUAUUAUGACAGACAAUGCUUUAUUGUACUGUGCAUUAUGACAGACAGCACAAUAAGCCAUUUCGUCUUUGCAGAUGUGUAUUCUUUGACAUAUUUAAUGUACAAGUAUGCCAACUGUAUUUCCCAGAAUUGCCAAUAUAAGAUAUCUCGAUUUUACCUGAAUUGUGCGACAGUGGUAGAAAUUGUUUGCCACUAUUUGUGUAACAUUCCAUGCUGUACGCCUUACUUACAAUUAGAGACCGACCGAAAGUGAUUUUCUGAUUUCGGCCGAAGCAAAAAUAGGCCGAAAGUUUAAAAUGACUUUCGGCCCAAAGCGAAAAAAAUACCCAAAGUUUAAAAUGACUUUCGGCCGAAACCCGAAAAAAUACCAAAAGUCAAAAUGACUUUCAGCCGAAACCGAAAAUGAAAUAUUUAGAUAUUUUGAAAUUCAUUCCCGCAUACAUUCUACAUACAUCCAAAAUUUUGGGAGAAAGUAUAAACAUUUACAUUCUUUUUAUAAAAAAUGAGAUAAUCGUGAAUAUUAAUAAAUAAACAUCUAAUAUAACAUCUUUUUUUUUUAAAGAUCAUUUAGUUUGUUCUUAAAGAUCAUUUAGUUUGUAGUUAAAGAUCGUUUAGUUUGUUGUUAAAGAUCGUUCAGUUUUUUGCUAAUGAUCGCUUUAUUUGUUCUUAAAGAUCGGUUAGUUUGUUCAUAAAGAUCGCUUAGCUUGUUGUUAAAAAUCGUUUAUUCUGUUUUUUAAGAUCGCUUAGUUUGUUCUUAAAGAUUGCUUAGUGUUUGUUUAAAGAUCUUUUAGUUUGUUAUUAAAGAUCAUUUAGUUUGUUCAAAAAAAGAUUGCUAAGUUUUUUCAUAAAGAUCAAAAAGUUUGUGUUAUUAAAAGAUCAUUUAGUUAGUUCAUAAAGAUGGCUAAGUUUGUUCUUAAAGAUCAUUGAUUUUUUUCUUAAAUAUCGCUUAGUUGUUCUUAAAGAUCAUUUAGUUUUCUCUUAAAGAUCAUUUAGUUUGUUUGUAUAGAUCUUUUAGCUUGUUAUUAAAAUUCGUUUAGCUUGUUCUUAAAGAUCGCUUAUUUUGUUGUUGAAGAUCAUUUAGUUUUUUCAUAAAGAUUGCUUAGUUGUUCUGAUAGAUAAUUGAUUUUGUUCCUUAAGAUCGAUUUGUUUGUUCUUAAAGAUCUUAAUGUUUGUUCCUAAAGAACAUUUAGUUUUCUGUUAAAGAUCGCUUAGUUUAUUCUUAAUUUACUAUUAAAGAUCAUUUGUUUUGUUCUUAAAGAUCACUAAGAUCGUUCUUAAAAAUCGCUUAGUUUGUUCUUUAAGAAAGUUUAGUUUUUUAUUAAAGAUCGCUUUAUCUGUUUUUAAAGAUUGUUUAGUUUGUUCUUUAAGAUCGCUUAAUUUGUUCUUAAAGAUCGUUUAGUUUGUUCUUAAAUGUCGCUUAUUUUGUUGUUAAAUAUCGCUUUUGCUGAGAAUUAGAUGACCGAAAACCUCCGUCACUUUCGGCCGCAUGGCCGAAAGUCUAAGUCAAUUUCGUCCGAAACCGAAUAAACCCCGAAAGUUAACUUUUCUCUUUCGGCCGAAACUGAAACUUGGCCAAAAGGGAUAAAAUGGCCACUUUCGCCGCCGAAACCGAAAUUUGGUUGGUCUCUACUUACAAUGAUAAUACUAAUGAAAAUUUCAGUGGCUGUUCAGAUAACUGACAUUUCAGAUAAUUUGCGUUUAGAAAAUUGGUUCUCUACUAUACAUAAAUAUACUAUACUAGUGCUGUAUUGAUCUAUACAUACAUUUAAUUGCUUAUUUUAAAAAUAGUUUGUGAAGUUCCUCAUAGCUUAAAAGUUUAGUUUUAAAGUUAACUCCUGGGUCACAAAUCUUUCAUGAUUGCUGUUCAUUAGGGUUACGCUAGGGUUAGGGUAGGUUAGUGUAAGGUUAGGGUUGGGUAAGGUUUAGGAUAGGGUUAGGUUAGAAUUAGGUUAGGGCAGGUUUGGGUUAGGGUUAAGUUUAGUUUUUUUAAUGGACCUGGAUCACAAAUCUUUGAUGAUUGCUGGUGGUUAAGGUUAGGUUUAUUUUAGUGUUAGGGCUUAGGUUUAGUUUCUCUAGUUGACCAGUUUUCUCCUGGGUCACAAAUGUUUCAUCAUCGUUGGUCAUUGAUGCAUUUGAAAGAACUGUAUUGCAUCUACAACUCUAUAAAAUAAAAGCUAUGCAUGUAAUGUCAAGUAUUUUUAAAUGUUCUCUCUACUAGUCCAAUAUUGAGCUUUGCAUAAAUACAUUAAUUUGUUUUAAUCUAUCUGAUUUAGCUGUUGGCACUAAUAAGUGCCUGUAUCCUAGCAUGUCGUACAAGAGACGAGCAGGAGUACCAGACCUUGUCUGAGGUCAUUGGCGGAGGGCUGAGGAUAUAGCAAGACAUUGCUUCGUUUUUUAAUAGCAAAGAGCUUGUUGCUGUGUCAGAUGGAUUUUCUGUUUGGUUUCUAAUAGCUACAGGUGUGUUGCUGUGUGAGCUUGGUUUGCAUGUUACACACCUGUAUAUUCUGCUUGAAGUGCAAAUUUUAAUGUUAUUUAUUACAGUCAAUCCAGUUUGCUUAAAUAUACUUUAUUUUAUGAAAUAGUUUAUUGGCCAGACUAAAUAAAUUAAAAUAUAAAUUGGAUGGGUUGUUACUAAAAUAUUGGGCAUGAUUUAAUAUGAUGAGAUUAUUAUUUGUAGAGAAAAAAGGCCAACAUUAAAAGAUACACAGAUGUUAUAUUAAAGCCGAUCUAGUUUCAUAACAAUGCCAGAAUGAAGUCAAUAUUAUUCAAGUAAACUGAAGAUACUCAAUGUCUGCUGAAAGUGUCUCAGUGGCCAUUGUAAUGACUAGAAUGCACUUAUUUUCUCCACAUGUUUUAUCUUGAUAUUGACUUGUACAUUUUAACUCUUGUUGUUCGCCUUGUAAUUCACUAACCUAUUGCACACAAAGCCCUUCAUUUUAUCUCUUGUUCUUCAAAUAAAAACCGAGGUCACUUUGUCUCUGCAGGCUUGUAUUCUGCAAUACAUCUUAAGUAACUAUAAGAAGGGGAAUAGAAUGCAGUCAUGUUUGGUAGAAGGAAAUAAGUGAAACAAAGUUUGGGAAAACCUGAAAAAAGAAUCCAACAAAACAAUGAACUUGUCAGCAAGAAUUCUCUCUGAGAGAACAAACAACAUUCAAAACAAUGAACUUGUCAGCAAGAAUUCUCUCUAAGAGAACAAACAACAGUCAAAACAAUGAACUUGUCAGCAAGAAGUCUCUCUGAGAGAACAAACAACAUUCAAAACAAUGAACUUGUCAGCAAGAAUUCUCUCUGAGAGAACAAACAACAGUCAAAACAAUGAACUUGUCAGCAAGAAGUCUCUCUGAGAGAACAAACAACAUUCAAAACAAUGAACUUGUCAGCAAGAAUUCUCUCUGAGAGAACAAACAA